AUGGAGGGCCAUUCAAGAUGCUUUUUUCAGGUUGAAGAGGUCCACGGCCUUUUGCUCGUGGUCUCAGCCCGAAAGCAGCCGCGCAGCACCGGCCAAGUAAACCUCGACAAGAACGCCGAGCCGCCCUCGUCGAGUGGCCAACAACUCCCAUCAUCGCCCACCGUAAUUCUGCUGGAAUCCAGCACAACACAUCAACCCUAUCAACUCAAAAAUCUUUGCCGCAUGAUCGAGCGUGUGUGCCUCCGCCGUCGCUUGGCUUCGGCCUGCUACCACCCCAGCUCCCCACUCGCCGACGGGUCGUGGGUCGAAGAGCAGCUUGCCGAGCAGCGCGUCGUCGUCUUCUCCGGCGCUGCCCCGACUCAAGAGGAUGUCUGCCGACACGUCGCUUCAAAACAGACUCCCCAUGGCUUGCCAUUCUUCGUUAUGUCCCUGCCAUCGCUUCUAGCUGCUGUGCAGCGAUGGGCGAAAGCUAUGCCCCGUGUCAAGCCAUUGUAUUCUCUGCGCUGCAACGCCGACCCGGUUUUAUGCCAGACACUGGCAGAGGCUGGACUCGGGUUCGAGGCAUCAAGCGCUCGCCUUCUGGAGACUGCUCUAGACGUCUUGCCAGCUGGGGACAUCCUCUAUUCGAACCCAUGCCUUACUCGCAAGGCCUUCAAGCACGCAAAUGAAGUCGAGGUCGGCAUGAUCACCAUCGAGUCCGAAAAUGAUCUCCUCAACGCGAUCGCACACGCCUCGAACACCAAACUGCUCAUCCGCGUGUGCAUGGCCUCAUUCCUCCGCUGCUACACGGAGGAUGUUGACACUCGUUUUGGCUGCACCUUCGAUGAGGCUCGUCAGUUGAUGCUCAGCGCUUUCGAACUUCGCGCUAAGGUCAUCGGUAUCAGCUUCCACAUGGGCUCUGGCCAUCCGACACCAACCCUCUUCUACAAGGCUAUCCGAGCCGCACGCCAACUCCUUGAUGAGGGACGAGCCAUGGGCCUUCCAAUGGAUACUGUAUGCCUCGGUGGAGGCUUCUCCACCCUAGAUGAUGCCCACUUCGAUCAGGUCGCCGACGUCAUCAACCAGUCCAUCGAUGAAUACUUCCCGGCGUCAACCGGCAUUCGCCUGCUCGCCACACCGGGCCGGUUCUUCGCCACGGCCGCCUUCAGCCUGUGCACCACCGUCAUCGGAAAGCAGGCCAUUCAGGCGUGCGAGAUCACCAAUGAUGAUGACGACACGGGCCCCGGGUACAUCUAUCAGACCAACGAGGGCGUCUACGGUUCAUUCAUCUGUCGGCUAACCGACAACUGCGAACCGAAAUGCCGUCCGCUUGAUGAUUUGCCGCAUCACGAUGAGCUUCAUCACGCCACUGUACUCGGACCAAACGUUGAUGGCAGUGACGUAGCCCAGCAACAAGCCCUCCUCCCACAGCUGUCGCUCGGUGAAUGGCUACUGUGGGACAACAUGGGUGCCUAUUCGAUGCCACUCGAUUCGGAUGUGCCCGCCCUGCCCGUCUACUACUAUGAUACGCGAAAGGCUUGGGACGGUCGCUUCAACCCCUCCCUAAAACGCAUCGAUUCUGAAGGCGGCUUCUCGGUUUGUGCUAUGGGUAGUGAAGGCGGCUCACAGCCUGUCUCUGAUGCCGAAGAAGAAGAAGACGUCGAUUAUGACGAGGAUAUGGAAGAGGACGUCGAAGACCGCUCUCCCCACUUUGCCCGCAGCGAAUCCGGCAAAGAGCUGGCUAAUCGAGUUAUCCGGGAUACGGUAUUCCGACACAAUACUAUUGACGAAGAGGCGUCUGGCGGGAGUCUGGAUAGUCCAAGGAGAGUCAAGGUGGCUCAACUAGCCGGCAAAGGCGGGGAAACUGCGCAAGAAUGGUCCGGCGAGGAUGUGCCGGAAGCGCUGCUCGAUAUGGUACAACUGCAUGAAGGCCGGAACCGAGCUCUUGGUACGAUCAUGGGAACGCAGCCACACGUCGUCUCAAGUUCCGCCUCGGUGAUCGGUCGUAUGUGGUGGAUGAAUGCCGACAAGCAGUCGAAUUCGCAUGUCUUCACC